CCUGGAAGGGAGAAUGAGCGUCUCCCCCGUUCCCCGUGGCCCGGUGUCCGAACGGGAGUCAGGCCCUCCACCAUGAAACCCCUUCUCUCUCCUCACAGGGCCCGCACGCUGCUUUCAGCCCCUCUAGGGGGACAGACAUGUCUCAUCAAGGGGCUGCCAAGGGCCCCCGCACAGAGGGGCCCGUUCUCAGUCCCCAACGCAGCUGUGGGCUUUUCCAGAAGGACUUGGAGGAAGCCAGCUCCGUGGUGGCGGGCCUGGCACCACACCUGCGGGGGGCGAGCCCUGGGGCCCACGUUUCGGCUGGCAGGAGGAGGCGGGCGCUCGGGGAAGAGGCCCAUCGGGGUGCCAGCUCCCCGGCCGAGGGUGCGCCGAGGGCCGGCGCGAAGGCCAAGGCCGACUUGGUGGUCCUGGAGCUGCCAGUUGCGAGACAGAGCCAGGACCCGGUGCCUGGUCCCAGGCUCCACACCCAGCUGCCCACAGCACCUGCUCAGGGACGGCCCCCGGCCUCUAAGAGGCUCCAGCUUUCUCUACACAGCAUCUUAGAUGAAGACUGGGCCAGGAAUCUUUGUAGCGUGUCCGUGGGUCUCCCAGAGAGCGCCCUGGUGGGCAGGGAGAGGCCAGCAGAGGCGGAGGAGGCGAGCUGCCCCAGGCCCAGAGAGGCUGGAGAAGGUGGGAGUUCUCCAGGGUGUGAUGGGAGGAGCCCCGCCCUCGGUAAAGAGGAACCCCCCACGCGGGCACUGUCCCCCUCACUAGGCUCAGCCCCUGUUCGGGCGAGAAAGAAAAGCAGGGAGUGUGAGACCUGCUCAGAGGAUGGGGAGGGGGUUGGUCAGAGCCCUGGUGGGGACAACCCCCAGUGGGUGGGAGACCCCCCACAAGGAGCUGACUUGGGGUCCUUGGGAGGCCCCUGCAGUCCUCUUCCUCCCAAGGACACUGGGUCUGGGCCAAGAGAUUCAGAUGGAAGUUGUGUGGGAUGUGCCUCAGGGACUAAGUUCCGAUAUUCGCCCGAUGCGGAGGGUGGGGCCCAACCAGGCAGCCCCUACGACCCUGUCCAGUUCCCACUGCCCAAUGGCGGGCUGUCCCUCAGGCCAGCUGCCCAGGAUCCGCCCCAGAGCCCCGCACUGUGCCCGGGAGUGUCUGGGAAGGCGUCCACAGGGCAGCGGGCAGCUGAGCAGUGGAUGGGGAACAUGGGGGCUGGCGGUGAGGAUGGCCCUGCUGCCUCACACAACCAGGAGGAGCUGGAGGUCAAGGCUUGGCCAGUGUCCAUGGGGAGGCCCGGGCAAGGACUCCCUGCUCUCACUGACACCCCUGCCGACUCCCCAGAGUCUGCAGCCAGCAAGGCUCGCUCAGGUCCGUUCAUGGGGCAGAGAAGAUCCAAGUGUGCUAAGUUGGGGAGGGGCCCAGUGCCCCCUGCCGAGGACCGGGGCACAGACAGAAGCUCCGACAACUUCAGCCGGGACCCGCCAGCAGCAUCCCUCCCAGGAGGCUUCCCCAAACUGGAGGAAAUGAAGAUGCCCCGCGGGGUGAAGCGUGUGUGCUACCUGGAUUCCGGGGCGGUGAUCCACCUCCUGGGGGCCAUCAGCCACGGGCAGGCAGGAGGGGCGCGGCCGCUGAAGCUGGAGGCCCUGGAGAACAUGAUGGAGGUCAGCGCAGCCUCACCUGCCCAGAGGCCCAGGAGGAAGAUAAGGCGCCAGGCCCACAGCCCCACUUGGUGCCAGUCCAGUCCAGUGGAGUCUGAAGAGGAGGAGCCCGAGGACCAGGACUGGGAAGAGGACGCAGCUCAGCUCCAGCUCCAAAAGGACAUUGGGGUACGGCACACUGUGGUCCGUGUCAUGCGGAAGGUGCUGUGGAGUCGCCUCCGGGAGGUCCCAGACGUGGCGCUGAGUAAGGAGGUGGUAGAGGGCAUCGCCGCUGGCAUCGAGGCAGCCCUCUUCGACCUGACACAAGCCACCAACUGCCGCUACAAGACCAAGUACCGCAGCCUGCUGUUCAACCUGCGCGACCCCAGGAACCCCCUCUGAGCGGGUGGGGCUCUGAGUGGUGUGGACCUGUUUCUCAAAGUGGUUCACGGAGAUGUCACCCCCCACGGCCUGGUGCGGAUGAACUCAAUCCAGCUGGCCCCCCAAGAGCUGGCCCGCUGGCGGGACCAGGAGGAGAAAAGGGGCCUGGAGAUCAUUGAGCAGCAACAGAAGGAGCUGUGCAUCCUUCCGACCUCCAAACUGACCCACAAGGGUGAAGUCGAGAUCCUGCGGGACACGGACCAGAUGCUCACCCUGGAGGACCUGGUGAGACCCAUGGUGUCCAUAGACUGCAGCCUGCUGGCCCUGCCUGCCAUGUCAGAGGACUCCACAGAGCAGCAGGAGGACCCCCCGGAGCAGCAGGAGGACCCCCCGGAGCAGCAGGACCCCAUGGAGCAGCAGGACCCAAUGGAGCAACAGGAGGAACCCCCGGAGCAGCAGGACCCCAUGGAGCAACAGGAGGAACCCCCGGAGCAACAGGAGGAACCCCCAGAGCAGCAGGAGGAACCCAUAGAGCAGCAGGAGGACCCCACAGAACAGCAGGAACCCAUGGAGCAGCAGGACCCCCCGGAGCAGCAGGAGGACCCCACAGAACAGCAGGAACCCACAGAGCAGCAGGAACCCAUGGAGCAGCAGCAGGACCCCCCGGAGCAGCAGCAGGACCCCCCGGAGCAGCAGGAGGACCCCACGGAGCAGCAUGAGCACCACUUCUUCGACCCCAGCUGCCACAUCUGCAACGACUGGAAGCCCUCGUGUGAGCUGCCAGGCUUCUCCAAAGCCAACAGGAGGGUGGAGGACAAUGUCACCCAGAGAGCCCCAAGCCCAGACCCUGUGUCCUCUCCAGAGGUGCCCCAGAUCUCGGAGAAACCUCCCAUGGAGUCCCAGGACAGGGUCCUUCCCUCCAGGCUGCAGGUGUCUGCAGGGCCCGCAAAGCCCCCCUGGGAGGGGGCUGUGGCCAUGUUCUCCAUCAAGCAGUUCCGGGUCAAGACCCAGCUGGUCUCAGGACACAGCUGUCAGCUCAUCAUGACCCUGCCCGAGGUGAUCCGCUCAGCAGGCUGCAUCCCCUCCAGCACCAUCUGGGACCUUCUGGCUAGCGUCUGCCCAGCCAAGGCCAAGGACGCCUGUGUGGUCAGACUGUGCCCCCAGGGGGCUCGGGACACCCAGAACUGCCACCUGCUCUACUCCUACCUCAACAACAAGCAGUGCCAUGGCUUGGCAGCGGUGGAACACGUGAGGGUGGUCCUGCUGCCCCUGCCUGCCUUCCAGCCCCUGCCCACCAGACUGCGCCUUCUUGGAGGCCCAGCCAGCGGGCAGCUCCCGGAGGGCGGUGCACGCUCUCCUGCCAGGCCUUGGGUCUCUCCCUGCCUCUCCCCAGGCCUGGAAGCCACUCACCCAAGCCUGCUGCUGGCUGUGCUGCUCCCCACAGCAGGGUUUCCAGACACAGCGGAAUCCAGCCCCUUGCUGGAGAAGGUUCGCAAGGUGGUCUCCUUCAACAAAAAAGUGGAGAUGAGAUGCUACCAGCGGAAGGACAGGAGGCCGGAUGUGGCCCCGAGGGGCUCCCCUCCCCCAGGGGGCAAAGGCAGCCUGGCUCCAAGGGGAAGCUGUGCUUGGCAGAAGCCCUCUAGAGGCAGGGGGAGACUGUGGGAAGAGCCUGAAACCUGGCAGGGGCCUGGGCGAGGGGAGUGGCCCACAAGACCAGGCUGGUGCCAGUCCUGGCACCCCUCUUCAGCACCAGCUGGCCGGGGCCAGCACCUCCACAGGGCAUCCUGUCCCCAGCAAGCCCUGCUCCAGCAUCUUGAAUCCCUGGUGACAAUGAGCCGCCAGCUCCAAGCCUCCCUGAGAUCCCCAGGCCAGGAGCUCCUUCCCCAGCCCCCUGCAGCCGGUGGAAUCCUUGGACUCCUAUGCCGGCCUCCGGCAGCUCCAGAGCCCCCUGGCCCAGCCCCCGACUCCUCUUUGGGCCCAACAGAUGGAGCUGGCUCUGAGUGUCCUCUCCCUGGAGAGACCUGACCCUAGAAGAGGGCCUUUGACUCCCUCCCCAGUGCUGAACCCUGAGCUGUUCCAGGGAGAUAUGGGGGCAGAGGAAGGGGAGGGCCAGCUCAACCUACCUGCCCCUUUUGAGUUUCAUGUUUUGCAAACUGUUUAGUGUUGAUUUUUGGUUCAAUAAAGAUUUUGACGAAGUUGA